UUGUUUCUUGCAAACGUUUCAGGAGGAUCGCUUUGUGCGGGCAGAAGCUGCGAGCCCCUUCCCCUUCUUUGCGUGCCCUGGUUUGGGCUUGGAAACGGAAUAAAAAACGAAGCAGCAGCACAGUGAGGUUUAAAAGUGUCUCCCUUUUCCCUGCAUGAAGGAGGGGAAUUGCUGGACCCUUGGUGUGGGCUUAGCACAGCAGGAAGGGUAACAAGCAGCAUCUGUCCAUAGUGCUUGAGCCAAGAGCUGGCCAUGGCUUUCUCCAAGAACAGUUUUCCUUGAGGGCACCUGCAGCCAGAGAAGACCAGGGGUAUUUUUCUAGGGACGGGAAGAAGGGAUUGGUGUUUCUGCUAAUUCCUGGGCUGUUUGGUUUGCAGCUGCUCGCCCACGGGCCCGUUCCCUGCUGCAGGACAGCAAUGGUGCGGCGCGUGGCCGUCAUCGGGGCCGGGGUCGGUGGCUUGGCCUCUGUCAAGUGCUGCCUGGAUGAGGGGCUGGAGCCCACCUGCUUCGAGAGGAGCGAGGACAUCGGGGGGGUCUGGCGGUACACGGACUCCGUGGAUGGUACGAGAGUCAGUGUGUACCGCUCUGUCAUUACCAACACCUCUAAGGAGAUGUCCUGCUUCAGUGACUUCCCCUUCCCGGAGGAUUUUCCCAAUUACCUACCCCACAGCCUCCUCCUGGAGUAUUUUCGGAUGUACGCCCGCCACUUCGACCUCCUGAGGCACAUACGCUUCAAGACAACAGCUCUCAGUGUGAGAAGGCGCCCAGACUUUGCCACCUCUGGCCAGUGGGAGGUGGUCACCGAGACCGACAGUGUCCGUGAGUCCCACGUCUUCGAUGCCGUCAUGGUUUGCACUGGCCAUUACCAGGAGCCUUACUUACCACUGGAUUCUUUCCCAGGCAUUGGCACUCGCUUCAAAGGCCAGUACCUCCACAGCCAGGAAUACAGAGAUGUGGAGCCUUUCCGGGGAAAGCGGGUCCUUGUGGUCGGCAUUGGCAACACUGGUGGUGACAUCUCCGUGGAGCUGAGCCACGUGGCUGCCAAGGUGUUCCUCAGUGCCAGGAGCCACACGUGGGUGAUGAGCCGGGUCUCAAACCAUGGCUUCCCCUGUGACAUGGUCGGCAACACCCGCUUCAACCACUUUCUUGAUUGGCUUCUCCCAUCAGCCUUCACAAGGAGGAUCCGGUUUCGGAAGUUCAAUUCAUGGUUUAACCACACAAAUUAUGGGUUGGCUUCCACCAAAAGCUCCAAAUUUAAGGUGAUUAUCAAUGAAGAGCUGCCGUUCUGCCUCCUCUCUGGGACUGUUGUGUUGAAGCCAAGUGUGAAAGAGUUCACAGAAAGCUCUGCCGUUUUUGAAGACGGGACAACAGAAGAAAACAUCGACGUGGUGCUCUUUGCCACGGGCUACAUCUUUCCAUUCCCCUUCCUUGAAGAGUCAGUUCGCAGCCUCAUUGACGACAACCGUUCCCUCUAUAGACGCAUCUUCCCUCCCCAGCUGGAAAAGCCAACGCUGGCCAUCAUUGGCUUGGUCCAGCUGACCGGCUCGAUUAUGGUGGGAUCAGAAAUGCAGGCUCGCUGGGUGACGGGGAUCUUUGCGGGCUGGAACGAGCUCCCUCCUGCCAGCAGGAUGAUGGCUGAUGUUUUGAAGAAGAAGCCUCCAGUCAAAAGGAAUCCAUCUGAGAGGGAGAACCUGAAGAUGAGUUUUAUCGGCUACACAGAUGAAAUCGCUGCCUGUGCUGGUGUGAAGCCCAGCGUGCUGAGGCUGCUCCUGACGGACCCCAGGCUGGCCCUGGCCAUCUUCUUCGGGCCCUGCACGCCCUACCAGUACCGGCUGGUGGGUCGAGGGGCAUGGAGUGGGGCCAGAGAUGCCAUCCUGACGCAGUGGCAGCGGGCACUGAAGCCCUUGAGGACUCGCAUGGUGGAUGAAGAUUCCGACCGCUCGUCCGGCUGGUGCUGGAUGUGCCUCCUGGCCCUGCCUGUGGCUCUCACAGCAGGUUUCCUCCUUUCUAAACCCCCCCAGCUGGGCUGUAGGCCCUGGACAGGUCCCCAGCUGUAGGAGAAACCUGGUGAGCCCC